AUGCUGAGACGCGCUGCCGCCAAGGGCCCACCGACUGGUCCCUUGGAAGGGAAGGCUUCCAGAUUCGCGCGCUCCACGAGGAUCGCUUCUUUCGUCGGUGUUUUGGUCCUACUUGUGGUUACCACGUUUUGUUACACCAAUCAUUACUUCGCCACCGUUUCAGACGAUUCCGUUCACCCCGAUGACCUCAGCGAUCAGGAAUCCACGUCGGAAGCUUCCGCCAGAGGUAGCGAUCAGACAUUCCCGACGGUGAAGCCGAGUGCGACGGAGAAGAUCGCGUUCCUCUUCCUCACGCGUGGCCCGCUCCCCCUCGUGCCGCUGUGGGACCGAUUCUUCCAGGGCCACGAGGGGCGCUACUCCGUGUACGUGCACGCGUCCACCCCCGCCUUCGCCUUCCCGCCUGACUUCUCCCCCACCUUCCGAGAUGCGCUCAUUCCAGGCGGCAAGGUGGCAUGGGGCGACUUCUCAAUGGUGGCGGCGGAGAGGAAGCUGCUCGCAACCGCCUUCUUCGACCCCCUCAACGCCUUCUUCGCGCUCCUCUCCGACUCGUGCAUCCCCCUGUGGCCCUUCACCUUCAUCUACAGCUACGUUGCCUCUGCCAACGUCAGCCUUCUCGAUGCGCACCACAACAAGUACCGCAUGGGGUUUCGGCGCUACGAGAGGCACAUCUUCAGCCCGCUCAUCCGCAAGGACGACUACGUGGGCGGCAGCCAGGUGGGGCACGGGGCAGCCAGAUGGGGCACGGCACGGGGCAGCCAGAUGGGGCACGGGGCAGCCAGAUGGGGCACGGGGCAGCCAGAUGGGGCACGGGGCAGCCAGAUGGGGCACGGGGCAGCCAGAUGGGGCACGGGGCGGUGGGGCGAUAGCUGCACGCAGGUGACCCUCUGCUGCAUGCCUUGCACUGCACGAGUGUGGGAACACCUCUGCCUCGCACUCUGCUGCUGGUGCUCAUUUGCCAUUGCCCGACACAGUGCUCACGUGAUGUGUGUGCCGUGCUGUGGUGCAUGUGCCGUGGCAGUGGUUUGUGCUGCGGAGGAGGCACGUGCAGAUGAUCACGAGGGACACCGCCCACUACCUCACACACCAGAAGAGCUGCCAGGUGCGCAUCAUUGCCAGUGA